AUUUUUCGCGACUCGAUCACCAGAUAAAAGCUCACCACUUUGAAAUCGCAACAAGUAGUUUCGUUGGAGAACUUGUCCAGUGAAGAAGACUAUUAUUAUUUUUUUUUAACUAUUCUUGGUGCGCAUUUUGUGGCAAUUUUUCAGCACAAUUUUUGGCCUAAAAGAAAUAUGCUUUUAUAGUUACAACCUUUACAACACAGAUCGUAAUUUAGACUCUUGCAGUUGCAUUCAAAAGUGAUGGUGUUAGUGAAAUAGGAAUUUUUAUGUGAAGACUUUUAGUGAUUAAUAUUUGACUAUUAGAUCAAUAGAAAAGUGUGAUAUUUAGAGUUUUUAUUGAGAGAGAGAGAGAAAAUUAAAAAAAAGACAUCCUAACUGGAAAAAUUGUUAGAUUAUCAUCUUCAAAGAUCCUUUAAAGGAUAUGGAGACUGAUCAUAUUAACAACAAUCACGAUAGGAUCGUUAAGAAAACAACAAAACCCUUGUCCAGUAAGAGGACUAAAUGGAAUCUCAAGAUCACAUCAUUUGCUGAAAGUACAGUAAAUCCUAUAAGAGCAAUUGUUGAUGGUCUCAAGUUCACUCCAAACCCAGAAAAGCAAUUAAUACCUUUGUCCAUUGGUGAUCCGACAACAUUCGGCAAUCUCCAACCAUGCCCCGAGAUCGUGGAACCAGUGAUUGAGAUGCUUCGCUUGAACCAGUGCAACGGCUAUGGACCAUCAACUGGACUCGUGGAGGCUCGUCGGGCGGUUGCUGAGUAUGAAGCGAGACAGAACGACGUUGGUCCCCUUACAGCAGAUGACAUAAUCCUUUGCAGUGGCUGCUCAUCAGCUCUUGAGCUUUGCAUUGCUGCACUGGCUGAUCGUGGCCAGAAUAUUCUCAUCCCUCGACCAGGUUUUUCAAUUUACCAAACACUCGCUCCUGGAUUUGGUGUUGGCCUCAGAAUGUAUGAUCUUCUGCCUGAACGGGGCUGGGAAAUCGAUCUGCUGCAUCUGGAAUCUCUUAUUGAUGAGAACACAGCUGCUCUCGUAGUUCUCAAUCCUAGCAAUCCCUGUGGCAGUGUCUUCAGCAAGAGUCACCUUCAGCAGAUCAUCAAAUUGGCUGAAAAGUACUAUUUGCCCAUUAUAGCAGAUGAGAUUUAUGAGCACAUGGUCUACCCGGGAAAAGUUUUCCACUCAGUGAGCUCUCUGUCCAAAAACGUACCCGUGCUGUCUUGUGGAGGCCUCACGAAGCGUUUUCUCGUACCUGGCUGGCGCAUGGGCUGGAUAACUAUUCAUGAUCGCCACAAUCUCUUUAAGAACGUUCGAACAGCGCUAAUGAAACUCAGUGCGAGGAUUCUAGGACCAAAUGCUGCAGUUCAAGGAGCAUUGCCGAGAAUUCUCACCGAAACACCUCAGUCAUUCUUUGACGAAACUGUUGCCAUUUUACAGAAACAUGCCACACUUGCCUAUGAAAUUCUGACCGAAGUGAGAGGACUAAGGCCAAUAAUGCCAGAUGGUGCAAUGUAUAUGAUGAUCAGGAUUGAUGUGGACAAUUUUCCUGAAUAUCCGACGGAUUUGCAUUUUGUCAAAGCUCUCGUGGAGGAACAGAGUAUUUUCUGUUUGCCCGGACAGUGUUUCGAAUAUCCAAACUACAUAAGGAUCGUCCUAACAGUUCCGGAAGAUCUACUCCGCGAAGCCUGUUUCAGAAUUGCCGAAUUCUGCGAGAAACACUUCAAGAUCGACGAAAGAAUUAUCCAGAAUGCAAUAAUUGACACAGUUAAUUGAGAUUCCGUCCAUGUUAUCUUUUUUAAAAAAAAAUCUCUCUCUUUUUGUACUUAAUGUUUAAUAUAUUUUCUCUAAAAUUUAUAGAUAAUGUCUAGUCUGACGUAACUUGCUUAUAUAAAAUUCUUGUACUUCAGAUUGUUAAAACAAUUUGUUUUUCUUUUGUAAUUAAGAAAAAAAACCACUCUGGAUGCAACGAAAAAAAUAUAAAGUCUCAUUAAUGAUA